UACCUGCCAAAAUUUCAUGUGAAUGUAAAAAAACAAUAACAAUUUUUGUCAUCCCGUUUAAAGUUUUAAGGCAUUUGUGGAUCAAAAUGAUUAGCCUGCAUCUUAAGCCAUGUUCAGGAAAGAAGAAAAGGCAUAUUUUUUGUCAUCCCGUAUAAAAGAUGCAGCUAUUUCGGGUGGGCACAUGACUUCUUCUCUAUCAUUCUAUCUGAAGCCAUGUUCUCUGUCAUAUUAUUGAUAUAACGGAGACCAUGUUUUGUGUUGUGAUUAUGUUCUUGGGUUUGAAUGUGGCACAUCCUCAAUAGAGAUGGGCUGUUUCUGACUAUUGUUAUCUUUUCUGGUCUACAAUACCUUCAGAUUUUAAAUAUUAGUGAUGGUUGAUAGGUCGCAGGAAGCUCAAGUCAUGUACGAGAAGCUUCAAUCCCACCCAACUGCUAAAGUAAGCAAGAAGGCGAGGCAAUUUGUGUUCAGCUUUCAGGCGAUGGAAAUGAUGAAGCUUACAAGGAGCCCACCUUGGAAGAACACUGGCUUCCAGAAUUAUUUUGAAGCUUUCAUUGAAAAUAAAUCCGACUAUGUGCUAAAAGAGGCUGAAGGUGAAGUAGGUACACUGAGUCAAACUCUUCCAUAUAUUAUUUUUCUUGUUUCUCCCAUUUUCAUAGUGCUACUUAUUGCUUUACAAAAGAGAAUAUAAAGUGA